AUGGCACAAGCACUCUCCAACUGUGAGUUUGUCUUGGCACCUUCUCAUCAUAUCGUUCGACGUCAGUGGCAAAAGACAACCAAAUCUCGGUCUACAGAACACUCUCGACUCUUAUCUUCUCAUAUUCGUUUUGUAUUGCAAUGGAUGUACUGUCUCAACAAACAAGACUUGAUCAAAAGUAUGCAAGAUGAUGACACUUUACGGAUCUUGUCUGUUGCUGUCUUGUUUGAUCUUCAUGAUCUCACCCAGACAUGUGUCAAUCGAUAUACUCAGGAACAACUGUCGCUCGACAGUGUCAUGCGCGACUUGGAUACGAUCUGUCAAUUACCGCGUGGUCAUCCUGCUUAUUUACAACUAAGAGAUGCAGCCUUGUUGUUGUUAUUUCGAUUUGGACCUGAGAAUGCCACUCGAUUGGCCAUGUUACCUGCUGAUUAUAUGGCUGAUGUCUUAUCGGCUGAUCUCUUGUUUGUCAACUGUGAGUUUGAGCGCUACUGUCUCUUGCGUGCUGUCUUGAUGGCCUAUAUGCAAUCGAUUGGCAAAAUCACUUGGACUUCCUCAGGUCCUGUAGACCAAGACGCUAAACGGCUAUCUGGCUUUGUUCGGCCUUUAAAGCCUGUGCUCCAUACCCAUUUAUCAGCAGAUACAGUCCGGUCACGUAAACGAAGACGGAUUCCUUCUCAGGAACUCGAGAAUGAUAUCGUCAAACAACCUCGUCUGAAUCGACUUUCGUUUUCUGCUUUGGUCCCUUUUCAGAAACUAGUAGCCGAUGCAACCUCAGGGGAUGUGAUUGAUAAAGCGACUGUCUUAUCGUAUCUGUUGCGAACCACAGUGAAUUACAGUAACAUGACAUUUGAUCAAUUGACGUGUGUAAGACAAGACGGUAUUGUGGAUGAAGGCAUUGUGUUUCGUGCAUUAUGGCAAAGAGAAGCACUAGAGAGAGUUUUGUUUCCCUUAACCUGUCAUCAACAAUCUCAGACAAUAGAAGAAGACGAUCAAGAUGAUCCAGCACGAAGUGAAGCUUUGGAUGAAUAUUUUGAUGUCAAGGGAUCAGAAUCAGAAAAGAGGCGUAUUUUGUUAUUAGGAACGCCCAAGUUUCGUUUUCGAACAUCGGUUGCUAUUGACCCUCCUUCUGUUGACAAUGGUUGGGAAUGCGAACAACAAUACAUGUCAACUGAAGUCAUUAAUGAUGAAUUAGCAAGUGCAUUUGAUGAUGGAGACAGUAGCUCAGUCUGGUCUGCUUCUGAUAAUGAAGAAGAAAUGACAUCCAGUCAAGCCAUCAACACUACCCUUCAAGAACUCGAUAUCACGAAAAGCAAACGCAUUGUUACCAAGACACCUUAUACACUCUACAGAAAAAUAUUCUAUUCUCAUGCAGUGACUAUUCUUGGUAUAGCCUACCGUGUUCAGAUUGAAGCCCAAGUGAUGCCCCGUCAUCGUUUGUUUUUGGAUGAGACAAAGACAGAAGAAACAUUUUAUGAAGACCAUGAUGCGAAUGAGAAUGUCAUGGUAUGUCGGUUUGAAUUACAACGUGAUAUGAAGCAAAUUGCAAUCAAAAAAGAGAAGCCUGUGAUUCCUGUUCACCCUCCUUCUUCUGUUCGCACUGAAAAGACAAAGAUUCAUUAUUGGAUUUACUGUCUCAAUCGUCAUGAAGGCAUUCUAGAGAAUGAUCAUAUUGAUCCCGAGGAUCGUGUACUAGUAGCAGUAACAGAACAAAGCGAAAGAGAACACGGUGAACCAGGAGAAAUGGGGCCAGGCUAUGUAGGACAAGUCUUGGUAGAAGCAGAUCUAAAUAAAGGACUGCAGUUGGAUACAACAGUGGCGCUUGAAAUAUUUGGUUUCCAAAAAGUAUAA